GCCCUGGAGCCUCUCCCCCCCCAACUCCCAUAUGCGCCCGGGCGCGUGUGGAUGUGGCUGGUCGGGCCCUUGGCGGAGAGAGGAGAAGCGCGGCGGAGGCCGGGGGGUCGGUCGCCGGCGGAGGCAUGGGCAAGAAGCAGAAGAGCAAGAGCGAGGACAGCGCCAAGGAUGAUAUUGACCUUGAUGCUCUUGCUGCUGAAAUAGAGGGUGCAGGUGCUGCCAAGGAACAAGAGCCUCAGAAGUCUAAAGGCAAGAAGAAAAAGGAAAAGAAGAAACAGGAAUAUGAUGAAGAUGAUAUCUUGAAAGAGUUGGAAGAGCUGUCUCUGGAGGCACAAGGAGGGAAAGUUGAAAAAGAACCAGCUGUCACCAAGACAGAGAUUAAUGAUGAUGAACUCAGCUCCUCAAAACAGGAAAAGAAAAAGAAAGAGAAAGGAAGGAACAAAAAGCCGAGCUUGGAGGAUGAUGAUGACAGUGAAGAAAUGGACAACAAAGACAAAAAGUCAAAAAAGGCCUCUAAACCUCACAAGGAAGCUCCCUCUGGCAGUGAUGAUGAUGAUGAAGUUGAUUUCUCACUUAAGAAGAAGAAAGUAAAACAUCAAAAAUCAAACAAGAAACAGGAUCUCUCUGAGGAUGAUGAAGUUUUGAUCCUUCGGAAAACCAAAGAGAGUACUAAAACAGUAUCCUCUGGAGAGAGUGAUGAGGAACAAGAUGAUGGUUCAGAGUCGAAAAAAGGACAAAAAAAGAAUCAGAAGGCAAAGCCAGUGGCUGAGGUUGAAAGUGGUGAUGAAGACGUGGAUUCUUCCUUCAAAAUAAAAACAGUGGCUCAGAAAAAAGCUGAAAAAAAAGAACGAGAGAGGAAAAAGCGUGAAGAGGAAAAGGCCCGGCUGAGGAAACAGAAGGAAAAAGAAGAUUUAGAAGUCAGCAAAGAACAGGGAAAGCAGAAAGAGGCCCCAAAGAAGACUGAGAAAGAAACGAAUCCGGAAUCUGUGCCAGCACCUACCACUAUGGAAAAAGGAGAGGCUUCUGUAGUAGCAGAAGUUGAUGAUAAUGAAGGAGAGAAGAAGAAGAAAGAAAAAGAUAAAAAGAAAAAGAAAGGAGAGAAAGAAGAAAAAGAAAAGGAGAAGAAAAAAGGUCCCAGUAAGGCCACGGUGAAGGCAAUGCAGGAAGCUUUGGCUAAGUUAAAAGAGGAGGAGGAAAGGGCAAAAAGGGAGGAAGAAGAGCGAAUAAGACGGCUUGAGGAACUGGAAGCCAAGAGGAAAGAAGAGGAACGCCUGGAGCAAGAAAGAAAAGAAAGGAAGAAACAAAAAGAAAAAGAGCGGAAAGAGCGUUUGAAGAAAGAAGGAAAGCUUUUAACUAAAUCUCAAAAAGAAGCUAGAGCCAGAGCAGAGGCUACUCUUAAACUACUGCAAGCUCAGGGUGUUGAAGUGCCAUCCAAAGAUUCUGUGCCAAAGAAAAGACCAAUAUAUGAAGACAAAAAGAAGAAGAAACAGCAGCAGCAACAGGAAAACAAAGAAGAAGUUAUAGAGUUGGUGUCUCCAACUGAGGAAGCUGUAGAACAAGUUGCACCCGUAAAAGAAGAAGCUACCCUUCCAGCAGAACAAGUUGCAGAAGAAAAAGAGGAAGAGGAGCCUGAAGAUACAGGAUUAGAUGACUGGGAAGCCAUGGUCAGUGAUGAAGAGAGAGAGAAGAAGAGGCAAACUGUCCACAUUGAAGUCAAAGAACAAAAUGAGGAUGAUGAAGAGGAGGAGGAGGAAGAGGAGGAGGAAGAGGAGGAGGAGGAGAGUGAGGAGUAUGAAGAUGGGGAGAGUGAGGGAAGUGAAGAUGAAAAGACUUCAGAUGAAAAAGAAAUAGAGCCUCAAGCUGCUGGGAAACCAAGUGCAGAGAGAAAGCUAAACAAAGGAAUCAGUUCUGAUUCAGAAUAUGAUUCUGAUGAUGAUCGUACUAAAGAAGAACGUUCUUAUGAUAAAGCAAAACGGCGAAUCGAGAAACGCCGUCUUGAAAACAGUAAAAAUAUAAAUACAGAAAAGCUAAGAGCACCUGUUAUUUGUGUGCUUGGACAUGUAGAUACUGGAAAGACGAAAAUCUUAGAUAAGCUCCGUCAUACUCAUGUGCAAGACAGUGAAGCAGGUGGCAUCACUCAGCAGAUUGGGGCAACUAACGUUCCUCUUGAAGCCAUUAAUGAACAGGCAAAAAUGGUGAAGACUUUUGACAGAGAGACUGUCAAGAUUCCAGGAAUGCUGAUCAUUGAUACUCCAGGACAUGAGUCUUUUAGCAAUCUUCGAAAUCGUGGAAGUUCUCUGUGUGACAUUGCAAUUCUUGUAGUUGACAUCAUGCAUGGUUUGGAACCACAGACAAUUGAAUCGAUAAACCUGCUAAAAUCUAAAAAAUGUCCAUUUGUAGUUGCACUCAACAAGAUUGAUCGAUUAUAUGACUGGAAGAAGAGUCCUGAUACUGAUGUAGCGGUAACUUUGAAGAAACAGAAAAAAAACACUAGAGAUGAAUUUGAAGAGCGUGCAAAAGCUAUCAUUGUGGAGUUUGCCCAGCAGGGCCUGAAUGCUGCCUUGUACUAUGAAAAUAAGGAUCCCCGCACAUUUGUUUCUCUGGUUCCUACCUCUGCCCAUACUGGAGACGGCAUGGGAAGUCUAAUAGCCCUUCUUGUGGAGCUGACACAAACAAUGUUAAGUAAGAGGCUGGCACACUGUGAAGAGCUGAGAGCUCAAGUUAUGGAGGUAAAAGCACUUCCUGGCAUGGGUACUACAAUAGAUGUCAUUUUGAUUAAUGGGCGCCUGAGGGAAGGAGAUACUAUUAUAGUUCCUGGAGUAGAAGGUCCUAUAGUUACACAGAUAAGAGGGCUCCUCUUACCUCCACCCAUGAAAGAACUCCGAGUGAAGAACCAGUAUGAAAAACACAAGGAAGUUGCUACUGCUCAAGGAGUGAAGAUUCUUGGAAAAGACUUGGAGAAAACAUUAGCUGGUUUACCUCUGCUUGUAGCCUACAAAGAAGAUGAAAUUCCAGUUCUUAAAGAUGAACUAAUACAUGAAUUGAAGCAAACAUUGAAUGCUAUAAAGUUAGAAGAGAAGGGAGUUUAUGUCCAGGCGUCCACUCUGGGUUCUUUAGAGGCAUUACUUGAAUUUCUGAAAACGUCAGAAGUGCCAUAUGCAGGAAUUAAUAUAGGUCCUGUUCAUAAAAAGGAUGUUAUGAAGGCAUCAGUAAUGUUGGAACAUGAUCCUCAGUAUGCUGUCAUCUUGGCAUUUGAUGUGAGAAUUGAACGAGAUGCCCAGGAAAUGGCUGAUAGUUUAGGAGUUAGAAUAUUUAGUGCAGAAAUUAUCUAUCACUUAUUUGAUGCCUUCACAAAAUAUAGACAAGACUAUAAAAAACAGAAGCAGGAAGAAUUCAAGCAUAUAGCAGUAUUCCCUUGUAAAAUGAAAAUACUUCCUCAGUUUAUUUUUAAUUCCCGUGAUCCCAUAGUGAUGGGUGUCCUUGUGGAAGCUGGUCAGGUAAAACAAGGAACUCCUAUGUGUGUACCUAGUAAAAAUUUUAUUGAUAUUGGAAUCAUUACAAGUAUUGAAAUAAACCACAAACAAGUGGAUGUUGCAAAAAAAGGCCAAGAAGUAUGUGUGAAAAUAGAACCUGUUCCUGGUGAGGCACCUAAAAUGUAUGGGCGACAUUUUGAAGCUACAGAUAUACUGGUUAGCAAAAUUAGUCGUCAGUCCAUUGAUGCACUGAAGGAUUGGUUCAGAGAUGAAAUGCAGAAAUCUGACUGGCAACUUAUUGUGGAAUUAAAGAAAGUAUUUGAAAUCAUCUAGGUUCUGUUAAGCAUUGGGCAUUGGCUAGCAUAAACCCACAAUUCCUAUUACAAAAAUGAUCAACAGCUUCUAGUGAAUAUGCUGUUGGGGUUAAUUAACAUCUGGGGAAAAAUGUGAAUAAUGUUUUCCAUGAGAAACCAAGUAACUUACACUGGUUUGACAGUGGUCAAUUUACAUGUCCCUGUGGUUCCAAUGUGCCUGUGCACCUUCCCCACUGUCCUUCCCUUUAUACUGGCUACUGUUUUAAAGUUUGCCCUUCCCAAGUCACCUCCUAAACAUUAAAAAAGGAAAAAAUGAGAUUUUUAUUACAGAACUCAACUUUCACUUUUAUACUAGCAACACCAGUACUGCAGUAUUUGAUUAACCAAACUUCUGCAGAACUUUGUGAUUCUUGGACCUAUUUUGAUGUAAGAAUUGUUUAUUUAUGCAAACUUCUCUCUCCCCUCCUUGAUUUUUCAACAUUCUUCUGCUUUGUGCCUAUAGACAUUUAAGAUAGAAAAAUUAGGUGAUUGGGUAUCUGUACUUGCUUUGUGUGAUACAAUGAUGUAAAAGUAUAGUUUGCUGCCUUUUAUUGCUUGUACAGUUUGUCAGAUUUCAUAAACUGUAAUCAAUAAUGCUGAGAUGCAAAUAAAGGAAAUAGACGUUA